AUGUUUAUAUUUCUCUGUGUGUAUAUUUGAUUAUUUGUGUGUGUUUGUAUAUAUGGAUGUUUGAUUAUGACUGUUUUAUCAUUCGUGGUAGACCUAACUGUUACCGGCAGCGAAAACCUUGGUUUACAGUAAAUUGGCAUAUGUGCCAGUCAUCUGGACGUGACCACUACUAUGGCCUAGCUAUUUUUACCCGUAUUACUCUGUUGCGAUUCGACCCAACACACAUAAUCGCAUGUAGAAUAAAUCAAGAAAGAAUGGAAGUAAACGACGAAUUUUAUGUGGUUCCCAGUUGUCUACUUAGGUACUAAAGACUGAAUCAGGCUUGACAAACCCAACAAUCUUCAUUGAUGGUGUUCCAGUUUUUGGGUUUGGAUAUGGAUAGUGGGUUUGGGCAAUCAACGGCUCCUUCUUGUUCAGGAAAUACUAGCAACGACAUCGGUGAUUUCGAAUGCAAUAUAUGCUUUGAAUUAGCUGAAGAUCCAGUCGUUACCCUUUGUGGCCACCUCUAUUGUUGGCCCUGUCUUUAUCAAUGGCUGCAUGUGCACUCACGUUCCCAGGAGUGUCCAGUUUGUAAGGCCCUCAUACAAGAGGAGAAGUUGGUUCCUAUAUAUGGAAGGGGAAAAAUAAUUUUGGACCCAAGGCAUAGAUCGAUCCCCAGAGUUGGGAUUCCCCAUCGUCCAGCAAGCCAGAGACCCGAAACGGCUCCAUCUCCUCCUCCAUAUGCAAACUAUCUCCGUCAAGAAGGGAACGGACUUAUGGGAGGUUUUAUGCCUAUGGGGGCUGCAAGGGGUGGCAACUUUACACAAUCUGCUGGUUUUGGUGGUUUGGUUCCAUUUUUAAACCUUCAGGUGCAUGGGUUCAAUUAUGCCAAUGCAUAUGGAGCCACCGCUGGAAACCCCUAUUGGUUUCCUGGUUCAUUUCACGGAGGUCAUGCUCAUGGUUUUCAUCAUCAUUCAAAUCAAGGACAACCGAGAGAUUCAUUUAUGAAGAUGUGGUUCUUGUUUGUUGGCAUAGCUGUGAUUUUCUAUCUCAUUUCGUCGUAGAUAUUAUAUUUCUGGAGCUGGCACAUAGGCAUGUACGAUUAACACUAUUAUAUUUGUGUAUUUGAAUAUGUUACUUCGAUAAAUGUCGAAUUAUGCAUUUGGAUUAUGCGAAUGUGUUCGUUUACUUCGAA